CUCUCUCUCUCGCUCUUUGUCUACGGCAUCCCUCAGCCCCGAAGAAGGAGAAGGAGAGGGGUUGCGGGCUGUACCUGACACCUACAGCCGCGCGUCGUUGUUUCUCGUCCGCAAAAAUACAGCAGGCUUCCAGUCCGGUCUGUAUCCUGCUUAUCCCUCUCAUAAUUCUUCUAUCGGACCCGUCGCUGGUUGAAACGGCCGCCACACUCCCAUGGUGCCCGAUACGACAAGUACGAUUCGAAGAACUCCCGUUACGUCCUAAAAUGCAGUUUUUACCUGCCGGAUAUUUUUGGACUACGCUUGUGAAGAUGCUUGUCCUGACGCUCUCUCUGCUGCCGAGUGUGAGCGGGGCAGCUGGGCCUGCACCGGACAGGAGCUGCGCCGACUUGCGUCAGUUCUACACUGGGAAGGGCUUCACGCUGGCCGGAGUACCUCAAACGGAGACCUCAGGUGAACAUCUGAGGACCUGUCCCCAGGGUCCAACCUGUUGUACGAAUAGCAUGGAGGAAAACCUCGAGGGUUUAAGUGCACGAGAGACAGAGGCGCUGAUCAAGGAGGCCGGCAGGUCACUGCAGGCUGCCUUCAACACCCUCCAUAGAAGCUUUGACACCUAUUUCACUGAACUUCACAGUCGGUCUGAACGCUCCCUCCAGGAGGCGCUAUCUCCCCUCGGUGCCCUGUACUCCCAAAAUACAAGACUCUAUGGUGAUUUGUACUCCGACCUGAAACAGUACUACCGCGGCUCUGCUCUUAACUUGGAUGAGACCUUGAGUGAAUUCUGGUCGCGCCUUCUGGAACGUACCUUUAAAAGCUUCACCCCCAGUAAUGUCACCCUGUCCGAGGACUACCUCGAGUGUGUUGCUAAGCAACAAGAGACCUUGCGACCAUUCGGCGACGUCCCCCGAGAUAUGAAAGCAAAGGUUAUACGAGCUUUUGUCACAGCUAGGUCAUUUGUCCAAGGGCUGAUCAUCAGUGGCGAGGUUGUCAGAAAGGUCUCACAGGUCCCUCUGAGUCCAGAAUGUGUUAAGGCCUUGGUGAAACUUGUUUACUGCCCGCACUGCCAUGGCCUUGCCUCUGUCAAACCCUGUGCCAACUACUGCUCCAAUGUUGUGAAGGGCUGCCUGGCAAACCAAGCCGAUCUGAACCCUGAAUGGCAGAAUCUUAUCGAUACCAUGAUCCAAGUGGCAUCGAGUUUCAGCACAGAGCCCAGUCUCGAUGUGGUUGUGUCAUCCAUCCCCGCUCAGAUCUUUGAGGCUGUCCGCUUGCUAAAGGAAAAUGUUGAGACCGUCUCAGCCAAAGUGUACCAAACAUGCGGCACUCCAGUUGAGCCAGGCACGGGAAGUCCAAUGCUUUUCGAGCCAAAGAAAAAAAAGAGCGGCUCUCUGACUGCUUCAGAAUACAAACCCUCUCCUACUGCAGGCCUACGACUCGAGAUACAGGUGUCAGAUCUCUCCAGUAAAUUAAGGGAAAUGAGGCAGUAUUGGCUCCAGCUCCCCAUAGCACUUUGCAGCAAAUUGGCAGCAGGUGGCGCCAACAAGGAUAAAUGCUGGAACGGCAUUACCAAAGCCAGAUACCUUCCUGAGGUGAUGGGGGAUGGCUUGGCCAAUCAGAUCAACAAUCCAGAGGUGGAGCUUGACAUUACCAAGCCAGACAUGACGAUCCGGCAACAAAUCAUGCAACUCAAAAUUAUGAGCAACAGGCUAAAAAAUGCCAUGGAUGGGAAUGAUGUGGAUUUCCAGGACGCAAGUGAUGACAUCAGCGGCUCGGGAAGUGGGAUGUGCCUCAGCGGUCAGUGUAGUCGAAGCAGGCCGGGACUGUACAGCUACCCUCAAGACGUCAACCAAGUCAGAGGCGUGGCCACAUGUCAGAGCCGCCCAUGUAGCCUCUUAGCGCUGCUCCUGCUGGCUCUCUUGCUACUUCUUUGUCGAUGAUGCUCUGCCGUCUGCCAGACUCUGAAGUCCAGUGAAGGACUUCAUCAUCGCACGGGAGCUGGAGUUCAGAAGAGAGAAUAUUGGAUUACAAUUGGAUUAAUUUUGCCAAACAUUAUGGGAAAAUUUCCGUGAGGAGGAACAAAAACUGACAGUCACAACAGUCCCGGUUUGGUUUUGCUGUGUUGUACUAUACUUUGAUUGCGUUUGUUGAGCUGGUUUCAAUGAAUUCCAAGGAAGACGAUGAUGAGGAAAAGGAGACAAAAUGUUAGGGAAGAUGAGUGAUGCUGAAAAGUCAACGGAAUGUUUAUAAUGAUCAAUUGAUGUCCUACAUGGUGCAUUGUGGUCCCCUCACCUGCAGGGAUUGAGCUUAGUGACAAAUGCGGUGGUGUCUUCAAAGCUUUUUUUAUUGAAUUUUAUUUUGUGUGUAGUUUUUUUUUUUUCAUCUCAUGUUGAAGGUGUGUACCUAAACAGCACAGUGUAAAAAAUUAAUGUAUAUAUGUACAGCCAGUGUGCAUCAUGUUCUCAUCCGAUGGAAACAAGACUGGCAUGUAGUGAGCCAUGGAUGUACAUUUAUAGGUCAAAACACUAUUGGGAAUGAAUCCCUUAUAACCUGUGAUGUGAAUGUCAAGAUUUUGUGGUGUGAGUUGGCUAUAACAAAUAUUUGGUAGGAUUUGUUUGGCCUGCGGAACAAUGUUCACCCCUUCUUCAAUGUUGUGAGUGCAAAUGUUGCUGUUCUCAUCACCAUCGAAUUAAGCGCUCGUCUCCGAGCCUUAGACGCAAAGCUCAGACUUGACAUUUCCUGAAAUGCAUGAUUUAAUUUCGCUCUUAUUAUUAAAAAAAAAAAAAAAAAAAAAAAGUCAAAUUAUUCUGCCACUUUUGGUCGCCACACUGAGCGCAUGUCACAAAACAUAAUUUUAAGAGGGGACUUUUGACGGAAUGCACGCCUGCCUGAAUCCACUGAUCCACAUGACGUUAAAACAACACAUCAGGAUUAGCAUUUCUUCAAACAAAACAAAACAAAAAACAAAACUUAUUGAUUGACGGUACUUAUUUGAUUACUUUCCAUAGUUGUAACUGUAUGGUUGAGCAGAACCACAGCGCCGUGGAGUGGGUGAGGGCCUCGCAUUGUUUAUACGAUCAAGAUGAAGAGUUCAGCCUGGAUAAACUACAAUUAGAUCACUAUAAUAAUUGUUGGAAGAUACCCAUAAUGCACAGCGAGAUAAAAUGCAGAAUUCACUCAGAAGGACCAAAUAAAAUCAUCAAACAAGUAAAAGUAAAGUAAAAUUUUCUGAACAUGUUUGUAGGAAGUUCAAUCAUCAAAAAGCUGCAUUUUUUUCCCACACAAAUUGGUCUUUUUGUUGUAUUCGGUACUGU